UUUGAAUUAGCCAAUUACGCAUCAGUUCAUCAAUCGCGUCAUAAACAUGCUGGUGGUGGGAUAUGGUUAGAAAUUACAAAAGGAAGACAAAAAGAGAAAGUUAUGGAGCAGAAGGUUUACAACGGGCUUUAGAUUCAGUAAAAAAUGGUAUGUCUUUGCGUAAAGCUGAAAACAGUUUUGGAGUUUCAAGGAAGACAUUGAGAAGGCAUUUGCAGGGCAAAGUAAGACAAGUUGGGAGCAAUAAAUUAGGAAAUCAUGUGAAUACUUUUUCUAUUGAAAUUGAACAAGAUCUUGUUAAACACAUCCAAAUGAUGGAAAGAGCAUUAUUAGCAAGAAACGAAACAAGUGAACCUACGAAUACAAAUGAAGAAGCCGGCAAUGCGGUGGAUAAUGAAGCAUCGGUUAAUGUGAUGGAGACUGAUAGGAUUGCAACAGGAGAUAGCAAUGAGUCCGAUGAAAAUCAACUAGAUAAAACAGCUGAUCAUCCUGGUUUAUCCGAAGCAUUGCAGAUUAUAUCAGAACUAAGCCCUAUUCCAAGGAUAAAGAAUGUACGCAGUCGCAAACGAAAAACCGAAGCAGCAACUGUAAUAACUUCUAGUCCUUAUAAAGCAAUGUUAAUUGAAGCAAAUGCAAAGAAGACAAAACAGAACAAGCAAGUAGUAGUUGAAAAUAAUAAUGAGGAAAAUGAUGAAGACGAAAUCGAUGUAAUCGCAGACAAAUCCAAGAGAACGAAAAGUGGAGAUGACAAAGAAACCGGGAAAAGGAAGCAAUAUGCGAGAACAAAAUCAAAAAGGACAAUCAAAAGUAACGCAUCGAAUGCUAACGUGAUAAGAAAAGGGUCAAAAGAACAAAGAUGUGUAGGUUCUGUUACUAACAGUGAUGAUACGCCAUGUUGCAUGUGUGGUAAAAGAUUUAACGAACCACCCAUUGAUGACUGGCAGCAAUGCCCAGAAUGUCUCAACUGGUACCACGACGGCUGUGGUCCAGAUGACACUGCUGUCUGCUUUCACUGCCAAUAGGCAUAAUCAAUUCAACUAGUCUUACUGUAGUUUUUUAGCUGUCUUUUUAGCUGUAUGAAUUAGUUUUUUAGCUGUC